GUUUGGAUUAGAUAAGAGUUGAAGACAAGUACACUCCAAGACCCAAGAAACAUGAAGACUGUGGCCCUUCUUUGUCUUUGCUUCGUAUGCUUCAGUUACAGUUUGGCAAACAGCUCUGUGGAAGAUGUGUAUGAAAAUCUUUGGUUGAAGAAUAAAGACAUUGCCAAUAAGACAAUCGGGGUGGACUUCCUGAGACAAAUGGAAAAAGGCAGUCUUCAGGCAGAGCGAUAUGUCAAGUUCACCAUACAAGACAUCAGCUAUCUACUUAAAGUGACCGAUAUGUUGAAGAAAAUGAGCAUAACAGUAAUGAAGCCUGAUGAUCUCAGGGACUUUAUGAAAAACAGAUACUCAAGUUACAAACGUUUUGCAGACUCAAUGCUCAAUCAAUACUUUUUCAAGGGUGAGCCUGCCAUUCAGCAAACUCCAGCUAUGAAGAAGUAUUUGUCAUUCUACAGAGAGCUGAUGAAAGGAGAUCCGUUGUACUUUGCUGUGGGUCUUCUGCCCUGCUCUAGACUCUGGGUGUGGCUGGCUAAUAAUCUGAACAUCCCUCCAACUAAUGCCUACUACACCUGGAUGUCAGAAAAUAAGAAUGGCCAUCCUGAGAAGCACUACAAAGCUCUCCUGAACAAGUAUCUAAACACACCUGAAAAGGUGGUGAAGGCUAAUACUGUCUUCCGUACACAAAUGCAAAAUGAGCAUGAUUUCUUCUUCACAUCUUGAUUGUUUCUACCAGCAUAAGCAAUACUGAGAUACAAAUUAUAUAAUAGAAAUGAUGUAAUGAUUAAAAUAAUGAUUUUCCUUUGCAUGAUUAGUUCCUUGUUAAAGUGUUUAAUAUCCAGUACAUGGCUUAUAUUAUAUAAUGCAUUUGCAUGUUUUCUUUAAUAGUAAGUUUUUCAAUUAAAAAAGAGAAAAUCUUAUUUAAACAAAACUACUCAGAAUGACAGUUGGACAGUUUUUACUGAUUUGUUCUCAAUCUCAAUGUCAAUAUACAACAAAUUGUUUCAGGUUUAAGCUUGCUCCAGUCAUAUGUGAAUUGUGUUAUUUGAAUGUUGAAUAAACACUGCGAAAGGCACUUAAAAUUAUCAAUCAGUUAUUUUGUGUUUUCCCCCCAUUCACUUUGGAUAAAAGCAUCUGCUAAAUGAGUAAAUGCAAAAUACAAAUAUAUUUAGCAUCAGCAAAUCACAUAACACGAUUCAGUAUAGGUGGCGCUACUGAAUAGGGACCCCUUGUGUCACUACAAUCGACACAACAUCGAGUGCGUGACAGAAGGGUAACGUCUAGGUUACUAGUGUAACCCCCGUUCCCUGAUGGAAGGAAGGAACGAUACGUUGUGUCCCCCUUGCCACAACACUGUACCAAGCUGCUGUAAUGGCCUAAUCUUAUUCUCUGCUCCUCAGUGCAGAACCUGACUGAACAGAUGCACAAUCCCCGCUUUUAUAUCGUAUGGCCGGGGGCGGGACAUGCAAAUUCUGUUAGUCAAUUUGGCAUUGGCCUUUUUCAUAUUCAGAGGUAUCCGAGGCUCCCGAAAGAAGCCCCUUGUGUCACUACAAUGGACACGAUGUCUCGUUCCCUCCAUCAGGGAACGGGGGUUACACUAGUAACCUAGACGUUUUGUAAUGUUGUAGCAUGGGGUAAUUCAGGUUAUUCCACUUAGGGGAGGAAAAAAUAAAUAUCAGCUGUUUUAUAUUUUCAAUUUAUGUCAUUUCACAGAUUUUUUUAAGGCAUGUAAAUUUUGUGAUGUGAUGAGAUAUGACUCACAACCUUGAAAUCAUGAACAACACAUACA